UUCUCGAAAGUUUAGUUCCUUGUGCGUCUACAACUGCGAGCAUUCGGAACUCAGAGCGACUUGGUAAACGUUCAACGGUCGUAGACAAAGCCUAAAAAGUGCGACAACAUGACUGCGGAGAAGCAGAGUCCGUUCCUGUCCGGUGGACCGACCCGCCGGGACCGUCUCCCCGUGUUGGUCGGGCCGCUGGUCGGCGUCCUGGCCGCCCUGGUGUGCGGGAUCAGCGUGCUGACGGGGGUGGUGGUGGUGCACAACAUGCAGCAGGAGCUCACCGCUGCUAAAGAACGUCUGGCUGUUCUGGAGAACCUCCAUGGCUUUGCCGGCGGGGAGGUGGCCGAUGAUCUGUCUCAGAAUGACGGUUUGAUGACGCCAGACGACGGAGACCAUGGUUCCGUGCGAGUGAAGAGAGACGGAUCGGUGCUGGGUGGACUUUGCCAGCAGGGACCCCCUGGUCCCGCGGGAAGGGACGGGGUAGCCGGGCGGGACGGACGGGACGGAGUCCAAGGCCCGGCCGGACCGACCGGACCGGUCGGCUUACGGGGUCCAGCCGGGGACAGAGGAGACACAGGACCGCCGGGAAGAGACGGGGCGCCAGGCUGUGUACGAUCCGGAUGGGGGAGGAAGACUUGCGCUGAUAACGGCGGAGCAGAGCUGGUGUACUCGGGUGUGGCAGGAGGCACACAUUACACUCAGCCAGGCGGAGGGACCAACUACCAGUGUCUGCCGACCGACCCACAGUGGGGACGGUACCAAGAUGGAGUCCAAGGGCACAAGGCUUACAUGUACGGCGCUGAGUACGAGUUGAACACAAACGUCCCGUUCGGCUCCACCUCCCUUCACGAUAACAACGUCCCGUGUGCGGUCUGCUACGUCCCAACCCGCGGCAGUAAGUUAAUGAUCCCCGCCCGUAACACCUGUUAUAGCGGCUGGACCCGCGAGUACCAUGGCUACCUCAUGGCUGAAUGGUACAACCACCCCGGGUCUAAAGAGUACGUCUGUGUGGAUGAACAGCCCGAGGCCCUACCUGGCGGACAGGCCAACCAUAACGGAGCGUUGUUCUACCCCGUGGAAGCCCGCUGUGGGUCCCUGCCGUGUCCCCGCUACGUGGACGGAAGGGAACUCACCUGUGUCGUCUGCACCAAGUAGACCAUUAGUGACACAUCCAUUCUGUUAUCACGUUUCUACUUUUAUGGUUUGGCUACAAGCACACAAGCGUGUGUAAUUCAAUUUCCAUUGUAUUGUAACCACAAUGUAAUAUUCUUUGAAAUAAUGCAGAUAUCAAAAGGCUUAGAACGUUUUUGUGAUUUCUUAUGAUUUGACUACACUUGCCUUAUACGUUAAGUAUAAUGAAGUUUCAAUCCUGUAUAUCAUAAUAGUUUGUUGUUUUGAUAGAUUUGACAUGGCUUCAAGUUGAGAUAAAGCGUGACCACUUGUAAAAGUUAACCGCCUUCAGAUGUUGGUAUCUAGUUGUAUCUUGUGACAUGUUCAGUUCCGUUGGGCAUGGCCAAUUUCAACUGUGUGUUGUUUUGGUUUUCUCAAUAAACAACUAGCCAGGUGUGUGAAUUAUGAUC